CUUGCCUUUGACCUAAGCUUCUCUCUCAUGCUUUGCGGACAUUGAAUAUUGUGUUGAGGUGUCUGGCUUCGUAUAGUAUCCCUUCCUCCCUCCCACUGCGCAGCACACAGACGCACAGACACCACCAAGCCCUAAAAUCUCCAACAACACUCAGAACCACACAUUUUAGGGUUAAAGAGGAGAAUCCUUAGCCUAGUUCCUCUCUGACCUCUGUCGUGAAUUGUAGCUACCCUUGCUUGAUUUCUGUAUCCAAGUGCAAUCGCCUCAUGUCGAGGAUAUGCGUGAAGAAUUUGCCGAAAGAUGUCGCCGAGGAUGAACUGCGGGAAUUCUUUUCUGGAAAAGGAGGAAUAAUCACCGAUGCCAAGCUUAUGCGCACCAAAGAUGGUAAGAGUCGCCAAUUUGCUUUUAUUGGAUAUCGUACUGAAGAUGAAGCUCAGGAAGCCAUUCGAUAUUUCAAUAAAAAUUUCCUUCGGACAUCUAGAAUUAUUUGUGAGGUGGCUCGAAAACAUGGGGAUGAAAAUCUUCCUCGUCCAUGGAGUCGACAUUCGAAGAAGAAAGACGAUAAAGUGACUGCCCCAGAUGUGGAGAAACCUGCUAGAGCUAAUAAGGGACAAGGAGAGAAUUCAAAGGGCAGUGUUGGUGAUGAUGUUGAUGACCCGCAGCUUCAGGAUUUUCUUCAGGUCAUGCAGCCUCGGGUUAAGUCUAAAAUGUGGGCGAAUGAUACAUCAAUUGCAACUAAUGUUGACAACAGGCAGGCAAUGCCAAAUAAGGAUAACGACGGGGCAUCGGUUGCAAGUGAUCAGAGUGGCUCAUUAGAAGAUGGUUUUCUGGAGGAUUCUGAACCCAAGAACAAGUCACAUGAGCCUGAACGCGAUAAAGUCAUUUCUGAUAUGGAUUAUUUCAAGAGUAGGGUGACGACAGAGUGGUCUGAUUCUGAAAGUAGUGAUGGUGAAGAUGAUGAUGAUGACAAUGAUUCCUCAUGCAUUGACAGUGAUAGAGAUGAUCAUAGUAAUGCUGGUAAAGAUGAAGACAAUUGUGAUUCAAGAAAUGGUGCUCGAGAGGUAGAUGUAGAUCUAGAGGGCAAAGAAGAUACUAGUGGAGAGAAUGUUACCAAUGGAAAGACUCAAGUGAACGUGACUGAGCAAGGGGGGCAAUUAUCAAAAUCAGAAGACGAGAAAGGAGUUUUUGAUUCCUGUCGGUUGUUUGUCCGUAAUCUGCCAUAUACGACCACUGAGGAGGAACUGGAAGAACAUUUCAGUCGCUUUGGAAGUGUCUCACAGGUUCAUCUAGUUGUUAAUAAAGAUACAAAGCGAUCCAAAGGAAUAGCAUACAUUCUUUAUACAGCCCCAAAUAUUGCAGCCAGGGCUCAAGAAGAGUUAGACAAUUCAAUCUUUCAAGGAAGAUUAUUGCAUGUAAUGCCAGCCUUACAAAGACAUUCUGAUAAUCAAGAGAACAAUGUUUUGAAGGACCAAAGCUCGAAAACCCUCAAACAACAGAGACAGGAAAAAAGGCAAGCAGAUGAAGCUAGCGGAGAUACUAGAGCAUGGAAUAGUCUGUUCAUGCGCUCUGAUACUGUUGUGGAAAACAUUGCCCGGAAAUUUGGUGUUAGUAAAAGUGAUUUACUUGACCGAGAAGCUGAUGAUCUUGCUGUACGUAUUGCUUUGGGAGAGACUCAAGUGAUUUCAGAGACAAAAAAGGCAUUUAAAAAUGCUGGAGUGAAUGUGGAGGCUUUGGAGGAACUUGCUAAUAAUAAAACAGAUGAAUUAAAAAGAAGCAAUCAUGUGCUUUUAGUGAAGAACUUGCCAUAUGGUUCUACAGAAAAUGAACUUGCAAAGAUGUUUGGGAAAUUUGGUAGUUUGGAUAAAAUAAUUCUCCCUCCAACAAAGACAUUGGCGCUGGUUGUUUUCCUCGAACCAGUGGAAGCUCGAGCAGCUUUUAGAGGUUUAGCUUACAAGCGUUUCAAAGAUGCUCCAUUAUACUUGGAGUGGGCUCCUUCCAAUAUUCUUAGCCAAAGUUCAACAUCUAAAAAUAAUGAAAUAAAUGGUGCAAUUGGUGAAAAUGAAGCCAAGAGGCAGAUAUUGGAGCAACAAGUGGAAAGAAUAACAGAUGUGGAUAUUGAUUCAGACAGAGUACAGGCCCGGUCCCUGUUUGUCAAGAACCUAAAUUUCAAGACUAUAGAUGAAAGUCUGAGGAAACAUUUAACUGAACACAUGAAAGAGGGAAGCAUUUUGAGUGUCAAGGUGAAGAAGCAUUUGAAAAAUGGGAAAAAUGUUUCUAUGGGGUUUGGAUUUGUUGAGUUUGACUCCCCUGAAACUGCUACAAAUGUUUGCAAAGAUUUACAGGGGACAGUUUUGGACAGCCAUGCUCUUAUUUUACAACCUUGUAAUGUCAAGAAUGAUGGGCAAAAACAAAAGACACUUGAGAAGGAUAGGAGUUCAACAAAAUUGCUCAUAAAAAAUGUUGCUUUUGAGGCAACAGAGAAGGACCUGAGACGAUUGUUUAGCCCAUUCGGCCAGAUUAAGAGCUUAAGGUUGCCAAUGAAGUUUGGAAACCAUAGAGGCUUUGCUUUUGUAGAGUAUGUUACUCAGCAGGAGGCACAAAAUGCCCUCAAAGCACUUUCAAGCACCCAUCUCUAUGGGAGGCAUCUGGUGAUAGAGAGAGCGAAAGAAGCUGAGAGCUUGGAAGAACUGCGGGCUCGAACAGCUGCCCAAUUUAGUGAUGAACAGAAUGGAUUUCAAAGUGCUAUGAAAUUUUCCAAGAAAAGGAAGCAGGUUGACUUCUUGGAUGAAGGGAAGAUGAAGUUUGGAAGAAUGGCUGACUAGUACAGCUCCAAAGAUUUAAACAGUAUUUUGCGUAUGUCCUGGAAAUUCUGGGAUCACAAUUUUGUCAUAGGUUUCCAAGUUUAUAUAAACAUGCCAUGUUGCUUCUUAUCAUCAAGUGUUAAAAUAACUUCUCUAAGUUUAGGUUUCUAUUCUUCAUCCAUAAUUCUAUCUCCCGUAAAAUUGUGUUCACCUAUUUACACUAAACUUUUAUAUUCCCAUCAUUGUAAUUCCAUUUUAUCAUUUUUUUUUCUUUGGAGUCGGUGGAUAUUGAUUUAAUCAAAUUUCAAGAUAAUUAAUUAAAUGUGGGUUAGAACUUGAAAGAGGUGCCGUCUGUCUCUCUGCCACUGCUUGAGAGAAGCAGUGUUGGACUUUGAAAGCUGAAAGGAAAGUUGGUUUGGAUGGCGUGAAGAACGUUUGGUAACUUUGGUUAGUGCUAGACUUGGUCAAUAAAUUCCUUCAUUCUUAGUUCUCUGGACUCUCAAAUCUAACAGUCAAUUCCCAAUGCAAGCAUCUACCUAGCCAUAGCCAUAGAUUUUCAGUUACUACUCCUCAACUGCUCCGACCUAACAGCAUGUCACAAAACAAAUAUACAUAACACAAACUCUUCACUUAUCAACUUUCCCUUCUCCACAUCAUGACUGGUUGAUCCAAAUUUUGGAUAUUAAAAUGAGAAUCCAAAGUUGAGGUAGCUGGGAGAGUAAUGAAGAUGGGAGGAGGGCUCUCAAUUUCUCAAAUGUGUGUGCCUCAACUUCAACCAUGAAGUGAAUGCUCAACUUUGUCUUUUUCGAGCAUGAUGUUCUCCAUGUUGCAAGUUUUCCAAAAUGUAAGGAAUGAUUUGUGCUUCUUCAACUUUGUGAAGCUGUACCCGCUGACCUGCUGCCCUCUUCAUGAUGGCAAUAUAAAGGGAUGCAAACUUCAAGAAACUGCACAAGAGAUCCUAGUGUACUUAUGUUUCCAUAUAUGGAGAAAGACUACUAAGGCAUAUGUUUGUGCUAUAUCAAACAUGCCCUUGAAGGUAAAUUCAAACUUCCAUUCUAGACGAUUGUUAGAGGUUGCAACAAUUAGAAAUUGGAUGAAGUUGUGUGGAUAGUCAUGCAUGUGCGCACUUGUAUUAAUUCAAAGAAUUAUGUAAUUGAGGCUAUAGUGUAGUCAUUAUUUAAAGCUCUCAAGCUUUUUAUUUCCUUAGAAUAAAUAGGAGACAUUUUAUAUUAAUUAAGUGUGUGAAGAAAUAUAAUGGCCAUCUUUAUUUAUAA